CUUUCUCCCGCUCCGCAGAACCUUUCUGGCGCGGCGCGGCGCUCUACUUAUUCGUCACUUCCGUCUAGGCGCAGGAGGCGGGAGAGUGAGGGAAAGACUGGAAGACGAGCCUGCAGGAUGUUUCCUUGGUGAGGGAAGGCAGUUGUGCAAUGGCGGUGUUUGACACUCCUGAGGAGGCCUUUGGCGUCUUGCGUCCAGUGUGUGUUCAGCUCACAAAGGCACAGACGGUGGAGAAUGUAGAACAUCUGCAGACACAGUUACAGGCCGUGAGUGACUCUGCCCUUCAGGAACUACAGCAGUAUGUCCUCUUUCCCUUGCGAUUUGCCCUGAAGACCCCAGGGCCCAAAAGAGAGCGCCUGAUCCAGAGUGUGGUGGAGUGCCUCACCUUCAUCCUCUCUUCAACAUGUGUGAGGGAGCAAGAACUUCUCCAGGAACUCUUCUCGGAACUUUCAGCCUGUCUGUACUCUCCCAACUCCCAGAAACCUGCAGCUGUGUCAGAGGAGUUGAAAUUGGCUGUGAUCCAGGGACUUAGCACUUUGAUGCACUCAGCUUACAGGGACAUCAUUCUGACUUUUUAUGAGCCCUCCAUCCUGCCUCGUUUAGGAUUUGCUGUGUCUUUACUGCUGGGCUUGGCAGAACAGGAGAAGUCAAAGCAGAUUAAAAUUGCUGCCUUACAGUGUCUACAGGUUCUCCUCCUUCAGUGCGAUUGUCAGGACCAUCCUAGGCCGAUGUUUGAACUGGAGCAGCAACAGCAGCUGGGGGACUUGUUGGCGUCCUUUUUACCUGGAAUCUCAACUGCACUGACCAGAGUUCUCACAGGAGACUUUAAACAAGGUCACAGCAUUGUUGUGUCUUCCCUAAAGGUCUUUUACAAGACAGUGGGCUUCGUCAUGGCUGAUGAACAGCUCACAAGGAUCCCAAAGGCCCGGGCAAAGCCUACAGUUGAGCACAGAGUGGCAGCCCUGAUGAUUCACAGGGAAACAGACUGGGUAAAAAGCACUGGUGACAAGUUGGCGAUCCUUAUUAAAAAGAUAAUUGAGUGUGUCUCAGUUCACCCGCACUGGAAGGCGAGGCUAGAACUGGUAGAGCUUGUGGAGGUCCUACUUCUGAAGUGCAGUCAGUCCCUGGUUGAAUGUACGGGUCCCCUCUUGAAGGUGUUAGUUGGCCUAGUAAAUGAUGAAAGUCCUGAAGUCCAGGCACAGUGCAAUACAGUGCUAAGGCGUUUUGCAGAGCAGAAAGUAGUGGUGGGCAGCAGAGCCUUGGCUGACAUCUUGUCAGAAAGCCUGCAUGCGCUUGCCACAUCUCUUCCCCGCCUAAUGAACACACAAGACGACCAGGGCAAGUUCUCUACUCUUUCCUUGUUACUGGGUUAUCUAAAACUAUUGGGCCCCAAAGUACAUGUGAUUCUCAAUUCUGUGGCCCACGUGCAGCGCCUUUCCAGAGCACUUGUCCAAGUACUAGAGCUAGAGGUGGCUGAUGUCAAGAUGGUAGAAGAGCGGCGCUGGAACCCUGACAACCUGAGUGCUUCUCCAGAAGCCUCGGAGGCCCGGCCGUGGAGACGAGUCCAGAGGAGAUACUUCCGCUGCUUCACUGAUGAGAGGGUCUUCCUGCUCCUGCGACAGAUCUGUCAGCUCCUUGGUUACUAUGGGGACCUGUAUUUGCUUGUGGAUCACUUUAUGGAACUGUACCAUGCGUCCGUAGUUUACCGAAAGCAAGCUGCCAUGAUUCUUAAUGAACUGGUUAUAGGGGCUGCUGGGCUGGAUAUAGAAGAUAUUCAUAACAAACGUACAAGCAUAGGCCCAGAGGAACUGAGAGAGAUUGUGAAAUCUCUAGUUGAAGAAUACACAAGUGAAGAAAACUGGUACUUGAUUACCUGUAUUGAAGCUGAGGAAGGGGAGGAGAUGACAGUGAAGCAGCAUGGCCUCCAGGCCAUCACAUCUGGUACACACACCUGCCAAGUUGUACCUUUUCCAGCCUUGUCAAAGCCAAGCCCCACUAUCUGCUCCAUGAACAGUAACAUCUGGCAGAUAUGCAUCCAGUUGGAAGGGAUUGGCCAGUUUGCUUAUGCAUUAGGAAAAGACUUUCGUUUGCUUUUGAUGUCAGCUCUCUAUCCAGUACUGGAAAAGGCUGGAGACCAAACCUUGCUCAUUAGUCAAGUGGCUACAAGCACCAUGGUAGACAUUUCCCAUGCUUGUGGCUAUGACUCUGUACAGCACCUUAUCAAUCAAAAUUCAGACUAUUUGGUGAAUGGCAUCUCUUUAAAUCUACGUCACCUUGCUCUGCACCCUCAUACCCCAAAAGUCUUGGAAGUCAUGCUUCGGAACUCAGAUGCUAGCCUACUUCCUUUGGUAGCAGAUGUAGUUCAAGAUGUCUUGGCCACCCUGGACCAAUUUUAUGAUAUAAGAGCUGCUUCCUUUGUCGGCGUUCUGCAUGCUCUGCUGGCAGCAUUAGCCCACUGGUUCCCAGAUGCAAGUUCUACUGGGCAACUCCAGCAGAGCAGUAUAGAAGAGGAGGAAAGGCAAACACCAGCAGCCUGCGAGGCUAGCACCACAGCUGAGGACAUUGAGCAGUUUGUGCUGAACUACCUCAAAGAGAAGGACGUGGCAGAGGGGAAUGUUUCUGACCUUGAAACUGAGGAAGAGGAGCAGGCAUCCCCCACCACAGUGGAUGAGAAUGAUGCCUUUCCAGAUGUGGAGCCACCACUGCCAGUGCACAUCCAGAUAGCCAAGGAUGUGAUGGAGCGCUGCAUCCACUUAUCAUCAGAUAGGAAUCUGAAAAUCCGCCUGAAGGUCUUGGAUGUGCUGAGUUUGUGUGUAGUGGUUCUGCAGUUCCACAAGAACCAACUCCUCCCACUGGCUCAUCGGGCCUGGCCUUCACUCGUGCACCGACUCACAAGUGAUGACCCCCUGGCAGUGCUCAGAGCCUUCAAGGUUUUACAGAUACUUGGAAGCAGAUGUGGUGAUUUUCUCCGGAGCAGGUUCUGCAAAGAUGUCCUGCCAAAAUUGGCCAGCUCCUUAAUCACCCAGGCCCCAAUCAGUGCUCGGGCUGGACCAAUUUAUUCUCACACACUGGCCUUCAAGCUGCAGCUGGCUGUCUUGCAGGGCCUGGGUCCCCUCUGUGAGAGUCUGGACUUAGGUGAGGGUGACCUGAAUAAAGUGGCUGAUGCCUGCUUGAUUUACCUCAGCACCAAACAGCCCGUGAAAUUACAAGAGGCUGCCAGGAGCAUCUUCCUCUGCCUGAUGAAAGUAGACCCCGACUCUACCUGGCUUCUCCUGCAUGAGCUGUACUGCCCUGUGCAGCAGUUCACAGCCCCCCACCCCAGCCUUCACCCAGUGCAGCUGCGGGGGCCCACUGAGCAGCAGAACCUGUAUGCCGCCAAUGUGCUCCACCUACUCCAGAAGCUACAGUGACCGCCGGACCCUGCCAACCAGAACUGGAGCUGAGCCACCCCUGGAGGAGGUGGUUGCAGCAGCACAGAGAGGUGAUGAAGGUGGAUUAGACAGCUGAUCAAUGUAUAAAUUGAUCAAUCACAACUGCUUAGAAAUUGGAUUGAAGGAAAGUAGCUGACUGGUGUUUAUAUUUCACUCUUCGUGUUUUCAGAUGAUAUUGUCUGGCUGCUCUAAGAACUUAACUCUUUAGUGUACUAUCUGUACAGCCCCUCUGCCUCAUUUUACACACCACACACACACACACACACACACACACACACACAAAGAACUUAACUCUUUAGUGUACUAUCUGUACAGCCCCUCUGCCUCAUUUUACACACCACACACACACACACUAAGAACUUAACUCUUUAGUGUACUAUCUGUACAGCCCCUCUGCCUCAUUUUACACACGACACACACACACACACACACACACACCUGUGUUCCAGGCCCAAGUUUGAUUCUCAGCACUUACUGGUAGCUCAAAAUCAUCUAUCUGUAACUCCAGUUCCAAGAGAUCCAACACCCUCUUCUGACCUCCACAGGCACCAGACUUGCACAUGGUACACAGACACACAUGUGAGCAAAACACUCAUACUCAAGAUCAAUAAAUAUUUUUAAAAA